GGCUAUUAUCUGUGCCACCCUCUCCGCGCCGGUCGUCGUCUACGAAAGUUGCUUGUUACCCCUGUACGCGUGGUUGGCAAAGCCGUUCUCUUCGUCAUCCCCCCGCAUCAGCGAUCAUGUCGAUUGAACGCCUCCGCAGCGCCUGUAUGUCACUCGCAGGUGUGCCAUGCUUUCGAAUAUAUGACUCCGGGACUUGAGCGGGUCCAUAAGCACUGGCUGUACUCGCCUGCGUACCCCGUCCACCUAUCCAUCGGUAACGACCACUCUGCCACCGUUCGAUGACCGCUGCCGGAGUACCAGCCCAAGCUCGCCUUCCUGGCCCCUUGGGUUCACAUUCAUAUCAGUGCGCGAAGACUGGAUUCGGGUCGAGCGUGGAAUACGUAGAGAGACCGAGCAUCACAGAGGUGUUCAACGCCGUCUCGCCCGACGUCCCCUUCGGGCUGCUCCCGCAGGAGAACAGCGUGUUCGGGACGGUCACGGAGACGUACGACCUCCUCCGGCUGCCCGAGGUCGGCACGGGGAAGUUCAUCCGUGGCGAGCUCGUCCUCCCCAUCCGGCACUCGCUCGUCGUCCGCCGCGGCGUGAAGCUCGAGGACGUCGAGCGCGUGCUCAGCCACGAGCAGGCCCUGGGCCAAUGUUCGCGGUUCCUGUCCGAGAGGCUGCCGGGAGCUGCACGGGUCAAGACGCCGUCCACGUCCGCCGCGGCGAAGUCGCUCCUCUCCGCCGAGGACGAGGACACAGCAGCGCGGAGCGCCGCGAUAUGCUCAAUAGCGUGCACGACCGUCUUUGACGGGCUCGAGGUGCUCCAGGAAGGCAUCCAGAACGUCGACACACGCGCUCGUGCGCAUCAGCCUCAGCCCUCGCCCAGCCCCUCAGACGCGACCGCCAACGGGGACGGGGGCGAGAUUGGGGAUGGGGACGGGGACGGGGACGAGUCCACCGCACCCCCGCGCACGCGCGGCCGCCUCGUGCACCUCGUGAUGAGCACGCUCCUGACGACGUUCGGGCUCCCGACGAGCCGCGUCGACCGUCGGCCGUCGCUCACGGACACGCCCUUCGAGGACGUGUACCUCUGGGACGCGGCGAGCGCGGCGCUGUGGGCCAGGGUGAAGGCCGGCGUGGAGAAGAUCGGCGCGCUGGGUGGGGAGGCUGCGGUGCUGGGGAUUUGGUGAGGCGUCGGUGUAUUCUAGAUGCGACGUUGGUUGGAGCUCUGUUCUGUCAAGUGUGUAUAUUAAUUACCUGUCGCAACUUGUCUUGUCUUGUCCGCGUAGCGCUCACUGCAUGUCUCGUCGAACGCGUU